UCAAGCAGAAGCAAAAGGGAAGACCGGGUUAAAUCAAGCCGGCAGGAUUAGUAGCUUGACGGCUUUGCUAUAUCGAUGGAGGAGAAUCCUUUUUUCGUUUUUGCUGCAGUACUUAAAAAACUGGAAGAAUUGCGAUGCUCUCCUUGCUCUUCUUAAACAGUAGCUUAUUAUAGACCAAGACCAAAAAAGUUACAGUUAUCCAGCUUGGUGUGAUUGUGAUUCCAGUCCUGCCAAGCAAUAGGAAAAAAAGAAAAAAGAAAGAAAAGAAACUUGUUCCGCUGAGUUCAACCCCAGACAGGCUCACAACUUCCUUCCUGCUUUCCGACCCCCUCCCCUCCCUACUCUCGCUCCCGCACAUUCAACAAACACUGAAGAAACAGCCAAUGGCAAGAGUGAUGUUGGAAAAGGCGAGUAACGAUCGCGGCGGCUGAACAGUUGAAAAAUAAUAGCCGGAAUAAUAGUUAAAGAUCCAGCCGACAAUAGAAUUUGCUCGCUUUUUUCAGUUACGCGCCGCAGGCGGGGACAAGAGAGACGUCUAAACAUCUUGACCAGGAGGAAGGAAUUAUUUCUAGAGCAAUUUUCAAGUCUGCGCGUCUUCAUGGCUAGAGCUUUUUCCGAAGCAAUUGGAUAGUCACGGUGCACCAAUCUCUCCCGGACAGUUUGCGUGUUUAUGGAGCUGUGGACCGGGGUCCGCUCAUCGCCCCUGCGCGUCUCCCGUUCCCUGGGCAAUGCUGCAGCAGCUGCCGCCGCCGCCGCCCCCUCCUAAGAGGACGUGGGCUGUUCGGCAGAAACUGACCUGGGUGAAGGAGGAGGAAGAGGAGGAAGCCGAGCCUGUCCCCCGGCGGCCGGACCCAUUACUAUGGCCGUGUUCUGCUAUGCGCUCAACAGCCUAGUGAUCAUGAAGAAGAGCGGCGAGGAAGAGGAGAAGAGCGGGGGCUGCAGAGGAGGUAGGAGCAAGACACCUCCUGCCACGCGCAGACAAGGGCCGCCUGAAGUCGUCCGGGGAAGCGAGAGGCAUAGCAGCUAUUGCCCUUUGCCUCUGGGCAGCAGCGGCAGUUCCAGCAGCUCUCCCACUGCAUUCCUCUUCCCUCCGGUUGAGCCGGCGCGGGCCCCGGAGGAGGAGGCUCCAUUUCUCAAGUCCCCUCGAGAGCUCAGCAGCCCGAUCUGGACUAGCCCCCAGAGCCGGUCUCCUUCGCCCGGCUGGAAAGAAUCUUUCAGGACAUCCCGGAUCCUCCAACGGGAGUUGCAGAACGUGCAGGUGGUCGAGAAAGUGGGGCUGUUCGAGGCACACAUCCAGGCGCACAGCAGUUCGGGGGGCGCCAAUUUCCCCCUAAAGAGUCCCCGCCUGCCCAGGAGAAAGUCGCCUUCUUCCCCAAGCCGACCUUGCCCCUUGCAGCGUGUGGAGGAUACCCCGUCGAGGCAACGAGAGAUAGAGGAGGGAAUCAAGGAGCUCGAUAAACUCUGGUUCCGACUGGAAACCACAGGGAAAGCGUUAGAGAAGGAGGCAGAGAAGGGUUCCGAGGACACCCAUCUAUUACAGGUGGCAGGCAAGGGAAAAUCCGACGGGGCGUCUCCUUCUCCUGAGAAAGAAAACGGACUCUUCCGAGAGCAGCGCCCAAAGGCAAUGCAAUCGGCCAAAGAGACCUUUGGAGCACAGGAUUCAGAAGAGGUGGAGAACAGGAGCCAAACUGGGAUGUGGAGUUCAGAUUCAAUGGAUAAAGGGUUGAAAGGGCCCAAUUCUAACCAGAUGGGGAGGGUGAAUGGGAUUUCCAGGGCACAGGCGUCCAGGCAGGCAGAAAGGGGUCUGUGGCCUAUUGGGAGGCAGGGCUUUGAGGUGAGAAGUGAGCCUCUGGAAGAAAAAGACUCCAAAGAGAUGGAGAGCAGGAGAAUCUGUGAGGAAACUCGGGGCUCUGAUGAGAUGAGCAGCAUGAUGCAGCCAGGUGAAGGCGAGGGACAACUUUUGGAGGAGUCAAGCAUGGUGAGCAGUUGCUGUGAGAAUCAAAGCUUCAUAGAAGUUGGGCUCUGGAGGAGGGACUUUUCUGGAGGGCAGGGCUCUGGAGCCAUAGAGAAGCCCCUUGGAGAGCUGCUUCCUCCAGGAGACCCGCCUUGCCUUACCAGAACUGACAGCAAGGAGGGUAGCAGCAGCCUGUUCACUUUGACAUUCUCUGAGAAGCAGUCUUUAUCUGAGAUGGCUGAAGCCCAUGCUGUUGGGCUGCAGGAACAGCAGCUUUCCUCAGGGAUCUCUGCAGCACUACCACAACCUAGAUGGUCCCUAGUGGAAGGGGGGGGCUGCUGUGGAGGUGCAAGCAUUCCUGCUGUUAUUGUGACAGACCUGGAUGCUCAGGAAGAGGAAAAAACAGAAGCAGCUCCCCCAAAAGGCAUGCCAAUCAGGAAGCUGUCUUCUUCCUCAGCUUCUUCCACUGGCUUUUCCUCAUCCUGGGAAGAGUCUGAAGAAGAUAUCUCCAGUGAUCCUGAGCGAUCCUUGGACCAAAGUCCAGCCUUCCUGCAGACCCUGGAUAAACCCAGAGUGAGCAAAUCGUGGCGGAAAAUCAAGAACAUGGUACAUUGGUCCCCCUUUGUUAUGUCCUUUAAGAAGAAAUAUCCCUGGAUCCAAUUAGCAGGGCAUGCAGGUAGCUUCAAAGCUGCUGCAAAUGGAAGGAUAUUAAAGAAGCAUUGUGAGUCUGAACAGCGUUGUUUGGACCGUUUGAUGAAUGAUGUCCUUAAGCCUUAUGUUCCUGCCUAUCAUGGAGAUAUUGUGAAGGAUGGGGAGAGGUAUAAUCAGAUGGAAGAUCUCCUAGCUGAUUUUGAUUCUCCUUGUGUCAUGGACUGCAAGAUGGGAGUCAGGACCUAUGUGGAAGAGGAAUUAUCAAAGGCUAGAAAGAAGCCAAGUUUGAGGAAAGACAUGUAUCAGAAGAUGAUUGAAGUAGAUCCUGAGGCUCCAACUGAGGAAGAGAACUUUCAACAUGCAGUGACCAAGCCUCGAUACAUGCAGUGGAGAGAAACUAUAAGUUCUACAGCAACGUUAGGGUUCCGGAUUGAAGGAAUAAAGAAAGAAGAUGGCACCGUGAACAGGGAUUUCAAGAAGACUCGGACAAAGGAACAAGUCAUGGACGCCUUCAGAGAAUUUACAAAAGGAAACCAUAACAUUCUGAACAGUUAUCUUAACCGGUUAAAGGGGAUACGUGAUACUUUGGAAAAAUCACCAUUCUUCAUGACUCAUGAGGUAAUUGGGAGUUCCCUUCUCUUCAUCCAUGACAAGAGGGAGCAGGCCAAAGUAUGGAUGAUUGAUUUUGGGAAAACCACUCCACUUCCAGAGGGACAAGUUCUGCAGCACAAUGUGCCCUGGAUAGAGGGGAACAGAGAGGAUGGCUACCUCUGGGGGCUGGAUAAUCUAAUUGAGAUCCUAACAGAGUUGUCUCAAUGUGAAGAUCUGCAUUAAAGCCAAGGGUCCACAAUCCACAACCUAGUUCCUCCAACUGACUUUCUGAUCUGCACUACAAGACACUUUUCUUCCACCUUCUCUUCCAGUUCUAAAAUUUAGAAGUUCCUUUUCUUUUAUUUAAGGUGUAAAUAAAAUGUGAUGUGCCCAAAGAAACACUGAACAAGAAGUUAAAAAUUAGACAAAGCAGACAGCAAUGUUGGCCUUAGGAGUUAGGUCUCCUGCAUCCUAAAACAGAAAAUACUUUUGUCUAUAAAAAUUUGAUAAGAAAGAUAAUUCCCUAGACUUGUUUAAAUUGUAUCUCUAGAGUGAAGGAUGCAUUUGUAGUUAUCUGCUGCCCUCUCAUGUCCAAAGCUAGCAUUAUUUGGGGCAACCGAUGUUGAAAGCAUGCUUAUAUUGGGCAUUUUCUUAUAGGUGUUCUUUCUUCGUGGGAAUGUCCCACAAAAAGAAUGGUAGCAACUUAUAUUUACUAACUUUCCUAAAUAUAAGAAUUAGAAUAUAAUAGUUUAUAGGAAUAAUUAACAUCAGAUAGACUUUUCUACAUAAGGAAGUAAUUUCUUGUUGGCUUACUGUGCAAUAUAUACAUAGUUGUAGCAACUGCAAAAGUUUUCCUUUGCGGGUUACAUUACAUGGUGCAUCCAAUUAGCUACUGAAAUUAGUUUGGACUACUGAGAGCGAGGGUCUGUUCCCUUCUCUACCCUUCUAUUAGCUUAGGAUGACGUGGUCACAGGGCAGGAAAGGGGCUGCUGCAGAAUGACAAAGGCACUGACUGCCAUCCUCUGGGUGCCUCUUUGUUAGCACUGCAUUCCCUUUUGAAAAUGAUGAUGCAUUCUCAGGUGAGCUCCUGCAAAUAAUUCCAAAUCUCCCAUUGUAAGAAGAGAGAUUAACUAGAUCUAACAUAUCAGCAAGCGGAGUAUUAUAAUGGUAAAGUUUCAUAAUGUUUGUAUGCCUGGCAUGGAAUAUGAGAAAGAAGAUGGCAAGUAAUUUGGUAGGUCAUAUAGGCAGACUCUCUAAUUAAGGACUUGCCACUUUCAGUCUUGUAAAUAUAUCUGUCUCUCUAUUUAGGAUAUAGAAGUUAUUAUAUAAGUUCCUGGAACAUUUGAAUUAGACUGCUGAAAUCAAGUGGUCAGCAACUGGGAGAGAAAGAUUAUUGGUGCAUUUGAUUUUCUUGGAGAACGUAUAAUAUUGCAGAAACCUUGGAUGUUGAAACUAUAAGUUUAUGUUACAUUUUUUUCUGAGCCAUUUCCUGGCUAUUUUUUUAAACCUUUCCAUAUUUAUAAUGUAUUCCAUAUUCCUCUAUAGCCUCUUCUUACUAUUUUUUCAAACAGUAAUGUAAUCCUGUUUCUUGCAUCCAGAGGUGCUGUCCUUGAAACAAUUGCAUUUGUUUUAGAGGGUGACUAUUCAUUGGCAUACAGUCCCUUUGAAAGCUUUUCAGAAAGAUUCUAUCCCAUUGAGUGUUGCUCCAUUCAUUUAUCACUAAGAUAAUGUUGCUUUUUCUUAGUGCUGUUGUAAAUAAUUGCUUUGCUUAGAAGUUUUUUACCUUCAGGCUUCCUAUGCUGUUUAAUAAUAGCCUAUGCUGAAAGUGCCUUAUGGACUAGUGUCUGUUCCACUCAGUGUCAUGAAAAAAAAAUUGUGGAUUUUUUUAAAGUACUAUUUAUUGCCAUACUUUUAGUUAUCUAGAACACUAAGUCUUAAUGCAUGGAAUUUUUUAAAAGGAUAAUGCUUGGCUUUUGAAAUCUCUUUCCACAUUUAUGGAAAGGGGGAGACCAUGAAACAGCUUCAUGUCAUUCUAUUUUAAAAAUGUAUUUAGCAUUUAAAUGACUUCUAUUACAUACUUUUUUUAAAAAAAUAUAUGCUGGUUUGUUUGUAAAAUAAGAUUCUUUGCUUUUUGGCUUUUAAAGAAGUGAAAUAUUUCUCCAGAUAUCUUUUGGAUCUUUCUGGAGGCUGGAACUAUUGCUGUGAGGUAUUUCUCCUAACACUUUCCACCCCGUUCCCCUUGAUUAGCAAGGAGAUGAAGAACAUUGCAGAGUUAAAGAACAUCACCAAUGCACAGUGCCUGUAAGUCAAACAACUUAAAAUAAAAACAUACAACAUGG